GUUAAUAUAUACCUCUAUGCCAAUGACGUCAUUGAAAUCCAUAUUUGACAUCACCAUGAUUCAUGUCAUUUUUUAUGUCAAUUAAAAAGUAGGGUUAUAUUUACUGAGAAUGUUUUGAAUUUGAAAUUCGUAUAAAUAUAAUUAGAAAUGUCUGCAAUCUUUAACUUCCAAAGUUUAUUAAUAGUGGCACUCCUAAUACUGUGUACGUGUACCUAUUUGAGAGCCCUUUUCCCCAGUAUUCUUGACAAAAAUAGGACAGGGGUCGUUAAAUUCUUUUGGAAAUGUGCAAGGAUAGGGGAAAGAAAGUCUCCUUGGAUAUCAGGGCUUUGUGUAAUUAUGGCAGGUUCUAUUUUAUUUGUAAAUUAAUAUAAGUAAUAACGUUCAACAUGGAUUUAUUGUAAUAUAGAAAAAUAAUACACUAUACAUCUGGUCUUUUCAGGAUAACAGAUGAUAAAAAUGUUUUCAGUGUUAAUAUUAUUCUGUAAUAAUUUAUAUUUUAUAUAGUAAAUUUUACAUAAUGU